AUGGAUCGCCAAGUGAUAGGAAGGGGCCGCGGGAGACCCACUAGACAACACCCGGAAGCGGGUAGAGAUAGAGAGCCCGAGGUCAACCCAGACCAAGGCCAAGAGGGCGGGACCGGAGACGGAGUAGCCACCGCUAUUAACCGUAUCACUGACGUCCUAGAGCGCUUGACUGAACACCAAGCUGCUGGACCAGGGCGCCAUCAGGGAGGUCCAGUUGAUUCCGACGAUCGGGCACUGGAAAGGUUCCUGAAGUUUGGACCCCCCAAAUUCUACGGAGGACCCGAGCCGGAAGUGGCCGAAGGCUGGUGGGAGAGGAUCACUGAGAUCUUCGCCGCCCUAAACUAUACGGAGGAGCGAAAGGAAAGUUUAGCCGCUGUGAGGAUAGAUACUUUCGCAGAUGCUGUCGAAAGAGCUCAGAGAGUUGAAGUAGCUAGAGCUCAGGUGAAAUCUUUUCAGGCUAAGGAAAGAUUUACCCCCAGCAGUAGUCGAGAGCCGACGUAUAGAAAUACUCCACCGGCUAAAGUGGGCCGAGGAACUGGCGGAGUGACUAGUCCCGGAGCACCGCGAGGUGCACUAGCAAGGGGAAUCGGGGCAAGGAAUGCAGGGGGAAGAAACAAUGGAAUUAGAGGGGGACCGGUUGGAAGAGGACAACCUAGGAAUACCUCGCAAGGAGGCCGAGCCAUAAUUCCCCAAAUGACUUGUGUAUACUAUAAGAAACCUGGCCAUACCAUGGAUAGCUGCUGGAAGAGGCAAGGAAAGUGCCUGAAAUGCGGAAGUAGCGAGCACCAAAUUUCUGGGUGUCCAAAAAUGCAGGAAGGGACUACUUCGAAUGCUAGACCAAACACUUCUGGAGGGAGCCGGCCGACAGUUCCUGCCAGAGUGUAUGCUAUAGGUGACCAACCUGUACCUAAUGCCUCGGAAGUGGUGGAAGGUACACUCCCGAUUUUUCACCGAUUAGCUAAAGUGUUAAUUGACCCUGGUGCAACCCAUUCAUUCGUUAAACCAUCCUUUAUGUCUGGAAUAGAUGUGCAACCUGUUAAAUUACCCUUCGAUCUUGAAGUUAGAACACCCAUGGGUAAUAAGAAUGUAAUCACUAGUCUGGUUUAUAAGAAUUGUGAAUUCUGGAUUGGAGAGCGUAAAAUGCUAGUGGAUUUGAUCAGUCUGGACAUAAAAGGUUAUGAUGUUAUAAUAGGAAUGGAUUUUCUAGGCUAUCAUCAUGCUAAACUUGACUGCCGAGCGAAAGUGGUGGAAUUUUGUAUACCUGGUGAAGCAACCCUGAGGUUAGAUGUCAAAGGUAGGUUAGCAUCAUCUGCUAUGAUCUCAGGAAUUCGAGCCAGGAAAAUGUUGUCUAAAGGAGCUCAAGGUUUCUUAGCUUUCUUGAUAAACGCUCCCAGUGACCAAGUGAAGCUGGAAGAUGUACCAGUGGUACGGAAAUUUCCGGAUGUUUUUCCCGAAGAGCUAAGGACUCUACCGCCGGAAAGAGAAGUGGAAUUUAAGAUUGACUUGAUGCCUGGAACGGCUCCAAUUUCUAUCGAAUGGCUCCUGCCGAACUAA